AUGCCGAAGCCGCUGGCUUCGGUUGACACGACUGUUUGCUGGCCGAAGGGGCGGCCCGACGGCCAGGACUUGAGCAUGCUUCGCACCGAGAUCAAGUCCAGCGGCGUGCUGCUCUAUUCCAAGACCCUUCGGUUGAACAAGCGUUUCGGAGGCGGAACUCAGUUCGUCCCGCACCACGUCAAAGCAACCAAUGCCAAUUUCAAGAAUCCGACCAAUCCCCGUAAUGCCAUGUCCAGGACGAAGCUCAUGCAAAUGAACGAAAGUCUCGAGGUCCACGAAAGCCAGAACCGGUCGUCGGAGGAAAGCAGAGGUAAGGGAGGAGACGGAGAGUUAGAAGGUGUCUUCGAGUGGAUGGAGGAGGAGGACUUCUACCUGGCCUCCGCGAACUAUACACAGGACUUGGGGAUCAACUUGACCUCAGAGCAUCGCGGGACCGAAGCCAAGAGACGCGUGAGCCUUGCUCAGACAGAGUCUCAAGGAGUUUUGCAGCUUUUCAACUUCGAUCACCCGGGAAUGGUGAGCUUCAAUCUCCAGGCUGUCUUGGACCACAACAGUUUCGAGAUGCGCACGCAGAUGGGCUUUGGACCUUUCAACUCAGAGCAGAAAAAGAUCAAGUUAGUGGACAUUGUCAACCAGUUCGCGGUGGUGCUCCAUGCCCUCCCGUGGCUGUCUGCGGCUUCCCGAAAGGAAGCCAUCCACGCGCUCCAGAACUCUCGUCCGGACGUGUUGCCUACGACGCUAAAGCCUGGUACUACCGUCGGAAUCCACAAUCGCUUUUUCAAGCAGUACCUGAACAUAUGGGGCGAUCUGACAGUCCAUUCCAGCGGCACACACGCUUUCGAGACCGCCUUCGAUCCUCACUGGAUUUGGGAGCGGUUUACAGUCAUUGACGCAGGCAAUGGGGAGAUUGCGCUGCACCAUCAGAGGAGCAACAGCUUCCUUGGCGUGAACGCCCACGGGGCCUAUGCUAUCUACGCGGCGGCAGCCCAGCUUCCUGCUCCAUGGCUGGACCAAAGGUUCGAAGUGGUGACAAUAUCCAACGGCUACUUUGGACUUUUCAACCGUCACAGCAAGAACUACCUGUCAAUCGGAGACAACCAUGGCACAUAUCUCUUUCAUUCGCCGACGAAGGACCUCCCCCCGGGUCAUACUCACCAGCAAUUCCGCGCCCACUUGGUCGAGCCCCUCUUGAAGCCAGGUGCCAUCGUGGCUUUGUACAAUAACAUCCACCAUAGAUACGUGCGCAUGAACCAUGCAGAUAUGGAAGUAAGCCACGUCCAUCUUCAUCCCACUGACUUUCAUCAUACUUGGCAUGCGGAACAGUUCGUGGUGGUAGACGCCGGAAAUGGUGAGAUCGCGCUUUUCAGUUGGCGCUUCAAUCGCUUCAUAAUGAUGGCAGCGGAACCAAACGUCCACGUCUUCGGUCACGUAGCAAGCUCUGAAGUUCGAGCUGGGAGCGAUGAUCUACCUGACUGGUGGAUUUAU